AUGUCGACCCUACAAGGUGCUAAAUGCCUCCGCAGCACACACAGAGCUCUCUUCCGAUCUGUAUGGCCCCUCAAUGAGCGCUGUGCGGCGCGCCUUCAGCGUCGACCGUCGCACGUGCCCGACGCACAGCACUCAACAGCCCUUCCCCAAACGCAAGUACGCUUCUAUGCUGGUCCAGGAAACCGAAGAAAAGCUGCUCCGACAAUUCAAGAACAAGUAGAAGAGGAAGAGGAGAACAGAAAAAACCGAAAGUACGACCCUCGCUUCAUGACACAGCGCGACAUUGAACGAUCUGGCAAAGACCGACUUCCACAAGACCACGAAAUCACAGAUCCACAGGUCAUGGUGCUCGAGAAUGGAAUUAUUGAGGGCCCUAUCCAAACGAAAUACGUCCUCUCUAAGCUGGAGGCCGGCGAAUCUCUGCGCAUGAUUCAAGCAUACGUCCCUGCCGACGGCAAAGCCGACCCUCCCAUGGCGGCCCGCUACGCUGUGUGCAAGAUUGUAGACAAGAAGGCCGAGUACGACCGAAUGAAGCAAAUCAAGGACAAGAAGAAGGCCACCGGAGCCAAGAAGCUCAAGAUGAAAGAGCUGGACUUUACGUGGGGCAUUGAGGAGCACGAUCUGAUGACCAAGAUGCGCGUCAUGGCCAAGCUACUGGAAAAGGGACACAAGGUGGAGACGGUUAUUGCGCCGCGAAAGCGAGGGUCGAAUGCCAAAGUGGUCCUGCGAGAGGAUAUGGAUGCUCUGAUCAAGAAGAUCCGCGAGGAGGCUGACCAGGCGGGUGGACGAGAGACGAAGCCAGCAGAAGGCAAGGUCGGCGGCAUGAUGAGGUUCCAGUUUGAGCGCAGAGGCAAUGCUUAA